CCGUUUGUACACAGCAAAACAGCAUUGUAAACUUCUCGUGUUUUUUGGAGGCAAGUUCGAUUUGGCAAUCGAAGCGUGGGGGCAUUAUCAGCAUGAAGCUCUGUGCUGCCGCUGUUCUCUUAGUGACAUGUAUGGCAAUCACGGCAUCGGAGAUCAUUUCGCCAUGGAAUGCCGGAUGGAGCGCUGUGAUAGUAUCGGGUCACGACAGUCUGUCCGACGAUUCGAACGACCAGUCCAACGAUCACGACAGCUUUCCAAGCAGCGAUGAUUCAGAAACGUACGCGACACAGUACAUCGCUCAAGAUGAACUGGGCCAGACUAGCUUCGGAUACGCUCACCAUGGCCAGGCGGCCACUAAUUAUCGCGAUGCUUGGGGUAAUCAGGUGGGCAAUUGGGCCUUCAUCACCCCCGAAGGCCAGCAAAUAAUCGUCGCUUACAUCGCCGACGAUCGGGGCUUCCGCGCAUUCUCCGAAAACUUACCAGUGGCACCGUCUUUCAUUCAUGAAGCACCGACGGAUACGAUCGAAGUGGCCGCCGCUCGGGCCGAACAUUUGGCCACUUACCACAUCGUGAAGAAUAGGCCUGUUGCCAAUGUAAUGCCAGCGGAAGUUCCCAACAUGGGCUUUAUCCAGUCUGUGACGGAUACUCCGGAAGUAAUGCUAGCCAAAACAGAAUUCAUGAAAGUUUUCAACGCGAUCAAGAACAGUCGAGCUGUAUAAAAAUAAUAAAGCCAAUGUACAUGGUUGUCGCCGUCAUAAUUCCUAUAUCCUAUUUGCAGUGAAAAUAGAAAGAUU